AUGAAUGGUUCCAGUACGAGAGGACUCAGCGUCAUCCCGGGCUCUUUUCAUGGCCCUCUUGUCUUUUCGGAUGUGCCUCUGAGCUUCAUGAUGGGUGUGGACCCAAAAACCGGCGUUGUCGUCGACGCUCAUCAUCUACUGCUUGGCACGUCAGUGAAGGGUAAGGUCCUGGCCAUCCCCUGCGGUCGGGGCUCCUGUUCCGGCAGUGGGGCACUCCUUGAGCUCAUUCUCACCGGCAAUGCACCAUCAGCUUUGAUAUUUCAGGAGCCUGAGAUGAUUCUUACUCUAGGUGUCAUGGUCGCUGAGGCCAUGUUCGAUCGCCGCAUACCCGUUAUCUUCUUGCAAGGUAACGAGGACUUCGAGAAGUUGCGUGGGGCAUCAGAGGUAGACAUCAGCGACAAGCAGUUGUUAAUCAUGCCAAACCAGGUGGCUCUACCCCUUGAGCCCCGGAGCACUAGAGGUAUCAGCCUAAGUACGUCCGAUGAGAAGGUUCUUUCCGGUCAGGGAGGAGAGGCAAGCCGCAUUGCGAUGGAAAUCAUCGUCGCCUUUGCCGCUUUGCAAGAAGCGAAAUGUCUCGUGGACGUAUCACAAGUUCACAUUGAUGCGUGUGCCUACAACGGAAAGAGCAGUCUUCAUGUACCGGAGCACCUUUUAUCACUCGGUGGACAGUUUGUGGUGCCUUCAACUUGCAACUCACUCAACGUCGACCGCCUUCGAUGGAAGGAGCUUGGCACCGAUUCAGAAGCAGUCAUCAUAGGAGAUAAGAUCGGCGAGGCUUAUCUCAAGCUCGGAGCCAAGCUCAGCUUCACCUGUGCCCCCUACCUCCUCGAUAGCAAGCCCAAGGCCGGAGAGCAAGUCGGCUGGUCCGAGUCAAAUGCUGUCGUCUUUGUGAACAGCGUCCUCGGAGCACACACGCAGAAAUACCCGGAUUACCUCGACGUCUUCAUCGCCUUGACCGGCAGGGCACCAUAUGCAGGUUGUCAUACUCCGGAGGGAAGGAAGCCAAAGAUCAUCAUCGAAGUGCCUCAACUUUCCGGGCAUGACCAGUCACUAUUCCCGCUUCUUGGCUACCACAUCGGCGACAUCGUUGGCGGAAAGAUACCCUUCAUCGUCGGCAUGGAAAAGACGAACCCCACAAUGUCCGACCUGAAAGCCUUCGGCGCUGGAUUUGCGACAACUUCCUCAGCGCCGAUGUUCCACAUGAGAGCGAUUACCCCGGAAGCAGCUUCCUUCGACGGACAAACUGAGUCCCUGGGUCGGGUAGUCGUUGACGUCAACGGCCUCCGAAAGGCCUGGAAGCAACUCAAUACCGCCUCCGAUCCAUCUUUGGACAUGGUAUCUUUGGGAAACCCCCAUUUCUCCGUAGAGGAGUUUGCACAGCUCGCCGAUCUCUGCAGGAACAAGACGAAGUCGCCUAGCGUUGCCGUCAUCAUCACAACGAGUCGCGACAUCUAUCAAAAAGCACUGAAGCUGGGCCACCUCGAUGUGCUGGAAGCGUUUGGCGCCCAGUUCAUCACGGAUACAUGUUGCAUCUCAUGCAGAGAAGCGCGGAAGAAAUGUUGCGAGCGCAAGCCCGAGUGCACGCGCUGCUCCCUCAAGGGAUUGACUUGCACGUAUGAAGUUAUUGAGCCGAAAUGGUCGAAGACCACCAAAAGGACGUCACCAUCAUCCAAGAAGGCUCGAAACAUCUUUGCGGGAAGAGAACUCAAGCCGGAGGAGGGGUUCAUCCACACUUUCGCAGUCACAAAACCAACUCCCAGCCGUCCACCUGAAGAGACCAUUGACCUCACGGUCUCUCCGCAGCUGGACGUAAACUCCUGCAACAUGGACUUAGACGAGUCAAUGGAGUUGUUCGACACUUUUGGAAACAGCAGCGAGUCAGAGGUUUGCUCAAUCCUCACCAACAGCAUCUUCGACGAUUCAGUAUCAGCCCGAUCUGGCUCAGUAGACCCCAUGUCACUGUCACUUGAGCUACCUUUCCCAAUAUUCUCCGACCUGACAACAGACUUACAAAGUCGAAAGCUCUUGCAUCACUUCUGCAGCACCCUGUCACGGCUCAUCGUCUUUGUCGAACAACCGCACAACUCUUUUCAGGACCUCAUCCUACCCCUUGCCUACGACAACUCACCUGUCUUCUAUGCGAUCUGUGCUUUUGCCUGUGGUCACUUGGAGCAUAGUGGCGUCUAUGAGUCUAGACACUCGUCAGAGUAUAGAGCUUUGGCGGCCAAAGGUGCUUUCGAGCUGGUGCAGUGGAAGUGCCAGCAUGAAGAGGUUCUCGCAACUGUUAUGCUGUUGGCGUAUUAUGAGGCACUCACGUCGUCUAAUGCCCCUGACAUGUUCGUCGGACACUUGAAAGCAGCGUUUCUGGUCAUCAGCUCCAUCCCCGAGUCCGAACGAAGUACUUCAGUCUGUUUUCUGGAGAAGGCCUUUCACUACUACGACGUCAUCUCGUCCUUAUCACUUGGGAUGAGUCCCGUUUCAGCGGUGUCGGUGUCAGACUACACAUACCCGUUAGCAGUCAUGACCUCCUCGAAGCCCAACGACAUCACCCACGCGGAUCCUUUCAUGGGGCUAGUGGGCGACCUAUGGCCAGUGUUGUACCGUCUCAGCAUCGCAAUGUCGCUGAAGGGGGAUCUUGAAGCUGCCGUCGCAGCCAAUCAAGGGACCAAAGCAGCCGUUCUCAGAGUCGAAUACGAGUCGAUAACAAAAUCGACAGAAAAGGCCCUUCAAAGCUGGCAACCAUCCGUCGACCCGAGCAACAUCUUGAUGUCUCUGGAGGAAGAUGGGAACGCUCAGCAUCAGCAUCUCGAGGCCAUGGUUCAUAAUGCUCAGGCCUAUCGCCAUAGCGCACUGGUUUAUCUACAUCGAACUGUCUAUGGCUACCCGAUGAGUCAUCCCGAAGUUCAAAAGAACGCUCAUUUGUCUCUGGAGAGCUGCAUGGCGGUCAUCGCCUCUGGGGGACCCGCAAACGCGCUCUUGUGGCCUUUAUACGUGGCUGCAUGCGAGGCCGUGACGGAUCAUGAUCAGUGA